UUUUGUCACCGAGGAGGAAAUGACAAUGAUCUUCAAGCACGCGGAGUCGCCCGGCCACGUAAGUAUCACCUCUCUGCACUAAUAUAUCGAAGAGUCGUUAUCGCUAAUAUUAUCUUUCGCAGUCUCCUUUUGUGCUUCAUUGCCCCGAACGUCCUUUCGAGUCGAUGAUCAGCACACUGAAGAAGAUGCCAUGGCACAUGGCCGACUACAUCACCAUCCGUGAACGACACUGGAUUUUCAAUGCUGCCUUUAAGAUGAUUGAGCUCCUUAAGGAGACGAUCUCCAUGAUCGAGCAUCCCGAGUGCUAGUCGCACCCGCGAAAGACAGUCAACGGACAUCGUCUCACGGCCCAACUCCUGAACCGCCUUGUUGCAGCCGUUAUGAGCUGCCCCGGAUUUUCCAUUGUCCAGAAAGACAAUGUCGCGUUCUUGGUUGAUAUGCCCGAGUCCAAGAUGAGGGAUUUCAACAUGCCCAUGCAUGCCUCAGAGUGGCGUCAUCUUCACGCCCUGAGCAUUAAGCCCGGUGUUCCUUUAGAUGUAGUCGAGUACUACAUCGCCUUAAUCCGCGGAGAGACUGAGCGCGCUGCCUGCAACAUGAGUAUCGAUCGACAGCAGCAGCUACGCCGUGAGCAGGACAUGAGCACCGACUAUUGGGGCUACUUCUGGCGUGAAGCGAAGUAUCCCGAGAGUCUUGACUUCAAGGACCUCUCGCUCGCUCGUGUUGCCACCGCUGAGUGGGUUGCAAUCGGCAGAAUCCUUCGUCGCGCGGUUGAGGGAGGACGUCCCCCCGUCUACUAAAGCCCCGAUAGCUUUAGUCUGGUUUCCUAAACCUCCGAAUGGUUUGGAAGGUCUGGUGUAUAGCACCUCUGGUUAGUCUUUGAUGA